UUUGUACUCUUGUUUCAUUUCAUUUGCCAUCAUGGUGCUGGGCAAAGUGAGGGCCUUGGCGAUUUACUUUGACAGUUUGAAUGAGAACAACCUGCCGGUGUUCUCCGGUGGGGAUCUGGUGUCAGGCAGGGUUGUGGUGGAGGUGACCGGGGAUGUGCGGGUGAAGAGUCUGGACAUUACCGCGAAAGGAGUCGCUAAGGUCCGGUGGACGGAGUCCCGGAACGCCGGGGCUAACACGGCUUACACACAGAACUACACGGAGGAGGUGGAAUAUUUACACCAUUACGACACGUUGAUAGGAGAGGAGAGAGAUGAGGACUGUCCAGAGGAAGGCUUCACGGUGCUGCACGCCGGCCUGCACGAGUUCGCCUUCAGCUUCAACCUGCCUCAGAUGGCUCUGGCGACUUCCUUCGAGGGGAAGCACGGCAGCGUGAGGUACUGGGUGAAAGCUGAACUGCACCGUCCGUGGCUGCUCCCCGUCAAAGUGAAGAAAGAGUUCAUUGUGUUCGAACACAUCGACAUCAACACGCCGCUGCUGCUGGCCCCUCAGGCUGGUACAAAGGAGAAAACCUUGUGCUGCUGGUUCUGUGCGUCGGGCCCAAUCUCCCUCAGUGCCAAGAUAGAGCGAAAGGGCUACACACCAGGCGAGUCUAUCCAAAUCUUCGCCGAGGUGGAGAACUGUUCGUCCCGUGUCGUGGUGCCCAAGGCUGCUCUGUACCAAACCCAGACCUUCUUCGCCAAGGGCAAGGGCAAGCAGAUCCAGCAGCUGGUGUCCAAUUUGAGGGGCGAUCCUCUGCCUCAGGGAAAGAGCCAGAGCUGGGAGGGUAAACUGCUAAAAAUCCCCCCCGUGUCGCCCUCCAUCCUGGACUGCCCCAUCAUCAGAGUGGAGUACGCGCUCGUGGUGUACGUAGACGUUCCCGGCGGGUUGAACUUGUCUCUCUCGUUGCCGUUGGUGAUCGGGACCAUUCCUCUGCACGCCUGCGCCACCCGCACCUCCAGCAUCAGCAGCAACAGCAGCACGCUGAGCUGGAUGGGUCCGCCGGAGAGACCCGAAGCGCCGCCGAGCUACAGCGAUCUGGCAAUAUCUGAGGCUCACAGGCGGGAUUGCCUGCAGGGCUGUGAUAGGUCCGACGGGGAGGGAGACGACCACGGAUCUCUGCUAACAUACAUCACAGAGUUCAGAUAUCGGCCCCCGCCUCUCUACUCAGAGGUCGACCCGUACCCCGACCCCGUGGAGGUCUCAUCAGACGUCAGGAGACCCGACACGUGUCCGUCCCGCUGAGUCGUUACUUCCAGCAGCUCAGAGACGAGCUCCAUAAAAACCAGACACCGUCGUCACUCUCUCCUCC